AUGAACAUCUACAAACUCAGAUCCUUAAUUUAUGUGUUUGAUUAAGAAUAAUGGUUUAAAUCAAUUUAAUAGUUGUUACUAACUUAAGAUAAAAAUUAAUAAUAUUUGAAUAUAAUUCAAGAAGCGUAUUUUUAAAACUUAACUAAGAUUGAAGAAUAAUGUAUAAGAGACCUAUUAAAACUUUUAUUAAAAGAGAAUGAAAAGUUUCAAAGUAUAAGAUUAUCAAGAAUAUUGCAUCAUUACAUUUUAAAAAAUGCAAGCAAAUUGGAAGGAUUAGAGGAAAUUAUUACGAAUUCAUAAUAAUUAGCAAUAAAGAAAGUAUUGUAGUAAGAUAAUUUGAUGGAAAUUUUGGAAUCACUUUAAUUUAGAGUUGCUCAUAUGAAAAGUAUUCCAAAACAAAUAAGCCGAGUAUAUUUUGAGGAGAAUAUAUAAAUUAUAAAAUGAG